AUGGCACCAACAAAGCGCAUCGCUGUCGCUCAAUGGCAUAUCAAAGACCUCGACGUCGAAUACAACCACAAAAGAGCGUGCCAAUACAUCCGCGAAGCCGCAUCACAAGGCGCCGAACUGAUCGUUCUUCCCGAAUACCAUCUCAACGGCUUCACCCCCACCUCCCCUCUCUACGCGACACAAGCAUCCACCACCCAAACCUACCUAUCAACCUACCAGUCCCUCGCCCGCGAACUCCAAAUCUGUCUCGUGCCCGGAACUAUCGUCGAGAAACACGGUGACCGGCUCUACAACACCGCGUACUUCAUCUCGGCCGACGGGUCCAUUCUCGGCUCCUACCGUAAGAAAAACAUCUGGCAUCCGGAACGCCCGUAUUUGACUUCCUCGGGGCUCGACGAGCGCCAUGAGGUGCUUGAUACGCCCAUAGGGAAGGUCGGGUUGCUAAUUUGUUGGGAUUUGGCGUUUCCGGAGGCGUUUCGGGAAUUGGUUAUCAGGGGCGCGGAGGUGGUUGUUGUGCCGACUUAUUGGACAAAACUCGACGCCUCCCCCGCCCUCCUAGCAGCAAACCCACACUGCGAAACCCUUCUCCUCGAAUCAAUGCUCACGGCGCGCUGUUUCGAAAACACCUGUGCCGUGGUCUUCGCUAACGCUGCGUCCUCCGCUGAGGACAGCGAGGCCAAGUUCCUGGGUCUGUCGGGCGUGCAUGUUCCUCCGCUCGGAGCUGUUGGGAAGAUGGGUCCCGAGGAAGGUGUGCUCACUGUGGAUGUGGAUAUGGGGUUGGUGAGGCUGGCAGAGGAGAAUUAUAAGGUGAGAGAGGAUUUGGGGAGGGAGGGGUGGCAUUAUGGGUAUCGGAUUUAG